AUGAAAGUUGACAUUGAUGGCUUAUUUAAAUCUUAUGAUCAUAAUGAAACUAUAAAAUAUAUUGACAAAUUAAGAGACGAAAUAAUUGAGAAGGAAGAUGAUAUAAAAGAAUUUUUAAAAAAAGAAAGUAAUAAUGUUAUUGAUAAUACUAUUAGGAUUAAGAAAAUAUAUGGUUGUGUUGAGAAAACAAAAAAGAACUUAGAAGAUAUUAUUAGUAAUUAUAAUAAAUUAAUAGAUGACGUAAAAGCUAGUCAAGUAUUUAAGAUUCAAGAUAUAUAUAAGAAUGAAUUAAAUGAGAUUGAAAAGGAUAUUGUAAAAAAUGUGUGGUUGAAAAAAUAUGACAAGUAUGAAUUUUUAUUUGAAAAUCCGUUUUUUUUUGAAAAGAAAAAUAAAGAAGGAAAAGAAGGUUUAGGAUAUAUAAUGAAUAAUAUAAUAAUAAAUGAAGAUGCUUUUAUUAAUACAAAAGAAGACAGCAUGAUAAUAAAAUAUGAUUAUUUGAUUAAUAAGAAUGAAAUAAAAGAAGAUAUACUACUAAAUUAUGAUUGUUUUUAUUUAAAUAAUUAUAUUAAUAACAUAUAUUUUGAUAUUAAUAAAAAAAUGGAAGAAGAAAAUUAUAUAUAUUGUAUAAAUAAAAUUUAUAGAGAUAUAUUUAUAUCUUUAAUAGUUUUAAAGUCUAUAUUAAAAAAUGAAAAAAUACAAAAUAUAUAUAUGAACAUUUUUAAAAAACGAAAUGGUAAUUAUUAUCUAAACAAUUUUGUAAAUAAAUAUAAACAUCAUUUUUCAAAUGUCAUAUUAAAAUUAAUACAUUGCUGUUUUUAUAAUUUAACAUAUAAACAUUCUUGUAAUUUCCAAACAAUUAUAAAAUCAAUAAUGAUUUUACUCAUAUUUUAUAAUAACAAAAAUACAGAUAUUAUAAACUUUAUUCUUAAAAAUAAAGAAAAUAUAAAAGAAAAUGAUAUAAAUAACAAUCAAAUGAGCAAUUUAUUUCAAGCUAUUUUAAUGGCUAGAUUAAAAUUAAUACACAAUUUUAUUAACAAGAAAAAAAAAAAUAAAGCAUUCAACAAAUGUAAGGAACCAAAUAUAAAUACAAUACAGAAAAAUGAAUUAUACAACAACAACAAUAAUAAUAAUAAUAAUAGUAAUAAUAAUAAUAAUAGUAGUAAUAAUAAUAAUAAUAGUAAUAAUAAUAACAAUGAAUAUCUUACUUUUAAUAAAUUACAACUAUAUUUCAAAAAAAUAUUAUAUUUAUUAUUAAAUACAAAAUAUAUUUUAUUACUACUUAUUGAUAAUAGUUGUCCACUUUUACAUGAACAUAUUAAAAAUAAUCAAAACAUAUAUGAAGAUAUAUAUGAAAAGGAUAAAAAAAAAAAAAACUAUAGUGAUAAUAUUACAUAUGAUAAAAAUGAAAUAUGUGAAAAUCAAUAUAUGUAUAAGCACAUUGAUAAUAAUGUCAAGACACAUAUAAAUAAUGAAAAUGAAUUAGAUAUUGUGGAAUCAUUUGAAAAUAACUUUUUACAAUAUAUGAAAAAUGAAAUAUUUAUUUUACAAGAUAUAUAUAAUAAUAAAGAAAAUAUAAAGAAUAGUAUAGAUAAAAAUAAGGAAUAUUUUAAUUAUCAUAUUAAUAAUAUAGAAGAUAUAAAAGAGAAAAUUUUGAAUACUAAUACAGUUGAAAAUUUUAUUCUUUUAUAUAAACAUUAUAAUCAAUGUAUUAGAAAUAUAUACAAAUAUAUUAUCGAUUUAUUACAUAAUUAUUAUUACACAAAUGAAUAUUAUAAUAUUAUAAGUAUAGAUUUUUUAUUUAAUGAAUAUACAAAUAUUAAAUUAUUAUACAAUGAAAUUAAAUCAACUAUCUUACAACCAGAAAAAUAUUUUAAACCUUUCGUUCAACCAUUACAAAAUUCUUCAAUUAUUAAUAAUAAUUAUUUAAUAAAUAUAAAUCAAGAAUUAUUUAAUUAUUUCUUAUUCCUCUUUUUUAAUAAAUCAAUAAGUAUAAUACCACUAUUUGAUAAUAAACCUAUAGAUCAAUGGCAAAAUGUUCUCCUCAAAUUUUUUAAAAGUUUUUCAUAUCAUGUAACAACAUUUUUAACAUAUGAUAAUAAUAGUUACUUUUCUAUACAUGAUAAAAUAUUUUUUUCUUUUCUUCUAAAUGCUUUUUAUUUUUAUUAUGAAUUUUAUAAUAUCGAUUUGAAUAUCAUAUAUAGUGAAUUUUGCAAUGUACACAAAAAUUCUAAUAAUACAAAAUAUAUGAAAGAUAAAAAAAAAUCUCAGAACUAUUUAUCACAUGAUUUAUUAAAUAAUAAUAAUAAUUUCACAAAAGAAAAUCAUUUUAACAGUGCUUUUAAAAAUAUAAUAAAAGAGAAAAUACACCCACUAUUAUUUUCAGCUUAUAAACUUAUACUCUUUAUUGAAAUAAAAAAAAUGAAUACCUUUGUAAAUGUGGACUUUUUAUAUAUGAAUAAAAAUAAGGAUCUUUCUAAUUUUCAGCAAAUGUAUGAUAUAUUUAUAAAUAUUUUAAAUAAUUAUGAUAAUAUAAAAACUAAUACAACAGAUGUUAAUCACACUUUUCAAGGUUAUGAUAUAUUAUUAAAUUUAUUAAAAGAAAAUGAUGACGACAUUUCUUUAAAUAUUAAUAUUAAAAAUAAUGAUAAGGUAAAAAGCACUGAUGAAAUAAAUAAAAAUAGUCAUCAAACUCAAUUUGUUCCUAUGGAUUAUUGUAAUGAUUUUAAUGAUGAGGAAUACAAAGAAUUUUAUUUUUAUGUUAAUCUUUUAAGAUAUAAUAAUAAAUAUAAAUUUAACAAUUUCUUAGAUAAUUUAAAAAAUACUCAAAUAUAUACUCAAUCAAAUGAUAUAUCAAAUAUAUUUAAUAAUAACCAAAAUGUCCAUAAUAAUAAUAAUAAUAAUUACAAUAUUGAACCUAAUUUUUGUCUUAAUGAUAUGAAGUCUAUAUUUUUUUAUAUAGUAUAUAAUAUUUUUAAGAUAUGCAUGAAAUGCUUUUGCUCAGAAUAUUUUGAUAAUUUAAAAUGCCAUUUGUAUUAUUAUCUACCUAUGUUAUUAAAUUAUAAUAUGGAACAUAUAUUAUGUGAUAAAAUCAAUUGUCAUUUAUUAAACAUAUUUAUAUUUUCAAAUAUAUUUAUUAUAUAUAUUGAAAAAGUUAUGACAACCGAACAAUAUAAAAAUAUUAUAAUAUUUAUUAUAAAAACAAUACUUCAAAAGAAAAUAUAUGAAAUAUAUUUUACGUUUUUACAAAAGGUUAAAGAUAUAUACAUAAUAGAAAUAGACAAAGAACAAAAUAAAAAUUUAUUUAAUAAAAAAAUUACAGAAUUAUAUCAUAUCUUAUUAUUUGAUUUAUAUUUUUGUGAACAAGUCUUAGAUAAAAAUAAUAUUACAAAUAAAUCCUUUUAUGAAGAACUUAUUUCUAUAUAUAAAAGAAAUAAAUCAUAUUAUAUUAAAUCAACUUUUUAUUUUAUAGAUAUAUAUAAACAAACUUAUAAUGUAUAUAAUGAAAAUAAAUAUAAUAGUAAUAGUAAUAAUAAUAUAUCUAAAGAUGAAUACACACAAAAACAAAAUAUUCAUCCAUUACUUCUGAAAUUAUAUAAAUCAUAUAACAAUUCUGUACACAAUCAAAAAGAAAAAAAUAAUAAUAUAUUGAAAAAUAUAUCAUUUAAAUUUUUAAUUGAUAAUAUAUUAAUAGAACUAAAUAAAUUAGAUAACCUUAACAAUAUUAUAUACCAGAAACACAUACGAUCAAAUGUACACAAUGUCAUGAAAAAUACAUAUUUAUUAUAUUAUUUAUUUUUACAAGGAAAUACACUGAAUAAUAUAAUAAACACAAAACAAGAAGAGGAUCAAAAUAAUUUGGACAUAUUUCAUUUUAAUAAUGUAUUAAAGAUUGAUGAUCAUUCUAUUGAAGAGAAGUUAUUUUCAUUCUUUUCUUGA